UCUCUCUCUCUCGCUCUCGCUCUGUGUCUUUCAUGGAUUAAAAAAAAUUAACAACAAAUCUCUCCUUCCCUGACAAGCUUACUGAGGCAUCUUUUCACCUGUUUGACCUUGGUUGGGGACUCCAGAGGUGGAUAUAAAGUAGUCUCUAACCGAAAGAGUGAAGAGCCCCAGCUGCAGUAGAGUUCUGGCCUUUUAUGUGUUGGUACCAUUUGAACCUAAAAGCAGCGGUUGUGGGGCCUGUGGUAGCUAAAUGUAGGUGGCAGGUGGUGUCAUCCUUCUUGUCUUCACAUGCUGCUCUCCCAGAGUGUGUGCCUGUACCUUGCCCCAGCGCCUUGGUCUCUAUUUGUCACUUGGGUGGAAUAGUCCUAUGGGAAGGGGUGACUAGAGAGGUCUUGUGAAGACUGAGGAGAAUGGAACGAUGACCCCACUCUAUAGGACCUGGCUUGGGGUGGGGGUGUGCUAAUUGUCUUGGAUUCCUAGACUUUGAGCCAAGAAGAUCUCAAAUUCUUUUCACACAAUUAUGAGGCCAAGAAGGGACACGACUGGAGUGAAAUAAUAAUGUCACUGUUUGUGUUGUCUUUCUUGCCAAGGCCUCAUUGCAUACACGGUGAGGACUCAAUUAUCCCACUAUUGGAAAAGCUCAGAAAAGGCAAAAAUACGCAUGGAACUGGGACUUUAAAUCACACAGUAGCGCACCUGUUUGGGGAAACCACGCUGUUACCGUGACAGCAGAACACGUGUGGUCCCCAACUCAAGAAAGAAAGAAUACCGGAGCUAGCGUUUGCUCAAGCUUUUGGAAAGGAAGGGCUGUGCAGGGGGCGAGCGUGCCUGAGGUUCCCGAGAGGGCGGGGCCCCAGCGGCGGAGGGGGUGGAAUCCUCGGAGGGCGGAGCUUUCGGUCUCCAAGGAGACGGCUGCUCCCGGCAACCUGGCGGGCGUUGAUCGGAGACUGGGCGCGAUGGACUCCGAGAGCCUCCUGCUGUCGCUGGAGCUGGCAUCCGGCAGCGGCCAGGGCCUCAGCCCCGACCGCCGGGCCUCGCUGCUCACUUCCCUAACGCUGGUGAAGCGCGACUACCGCUACAGCCGGGUCCUUUUCUGGGGCCGCAUCCUCGGCCUCGUCGCCGAUUACUACAUCGCGCAGGGCCUGAGUGAGGACCAGCUCGCACCACGCAAGACACUCUACAGCCUGAACUGUAUGGAGUGGAGCCUCUUGCCCCCCGCCACGGAAGAGAUGGCAGUGGAGACGUCUGUGGUGAAGGGCCGCUUCAUGGGGGACCCCUCGCAUGAGUACGAACACACUGAGCUGCAGAAGAUGAAGGAGGGUGAAAAGGUCUUUGAAGAAGAAGUAGUGGUCCAGAUCAAGGAAGAAAACCGUUUGGUGUCUGUCAUCGACCAGAUUGACAAGGCUGUGGCUGUCAUCCCUCGAGGAGCCCUUUUUAAGACCCCUUUUGGACCCAUCCAUGUCAAUCGGACCUUUGAAGGACUGUCCUUGUCUGAAGCCAAGAAGCUUAGUUCCUACUUCCACUUUAGGGAGCCUGUUGAGCUGAAGAACAAGACCUUACUUGAGAAGGCUGACCUGGACCCCUCCCUGGACUUCAUGGACUCCUUGGAGCAUGACAUCCCCAAAGGUAAUAGCCUAUUACUUGGAGGACAUUGGAUCUGCCCCCAGGUCAGAGCAGUGGGCCAUGCCGCCUGCCAUUCUCCUCUGAGAUUGGAACCAACGACCCGAGUGGGAACUGGUGGUUCAUGGGGGGUCCUGGUGGGUGGGGGCUUCCCCCAAGAGCCUGGUACAGGGCUCAGCUUAUAAUAAACAGUCGGUACAUGUCUGCAGACAAAAGGAAGCACCGUGUUCCAUGUGCUUCCACAGACAGCAAGUCUCCCAGUGCCUCUUCUGAUUUCCAAAUCAAUCUUGAAGGAGGCAAGUUUUAGUCCUCCCCCAAACAUCUCCAAAAACCUCUCUGAAGUCCUAGCCACGCGUCCAUCCCGACUGUUAGUUUUGGGGUGAGAUCCAGUGCUUGGCACAUAGCUGGUGUGCAGUUAAGUGUGUGCUGAGCGACGGAAGGGCAGACCACCUGCCAAGGAAAUGAGUUCUGUACAUUUGCUUCCUGCUAUAUGCAUGGAGCUUUUUAAAUCUUAAAACAUACAGCCUCAGAGGUCUUCCCGUUCUUGAGGGUCCAGCCGGCCCUGGCACACACCCAGCAGUUGGGGGUGGGGUCACAGAGCUCCCACAUCCUCCCCAUCCUGGCUGUCCAGUAGGGAAGAGCGUGUCCCGGGAGGACACUCUUACUUGGAUGCUGUGUGCCAGGACAGGUGCCAAGCUCUGGGCAAUCAGGGGCCAGGCCCAGGGUGCCGACGCAGGGAUCCUGCCUCUUUCCCUCCCCAUGUUUGGGGUUUCUGAGACCUUUUCACCUGCAGAGACCUGCUGUCAGUGACAGCAGUGAUAACAAUAAGGGUAAUGACAGGAAUGGCAACUCCUGAGAGCAAUGGCCCUGCUAGUGCUUAGGGCGCUGUGCUCAGCCCCCACCACACCUUCUCUCAUUUUCAUCUUCACAGCCACCCUACAGGGCGGCUACUGUUACCAUCCCCAUUUUACACGUGAGGAAACAGGCUUGGAGAGUUAAACCCAAGGACACGGUGACCCUUAGACUCCAGGGCUCUGGAGUGAACUGUGGUGUCAAAUGAAUUUGUGUUUCCUUUUCAGUAGACAGUGGCAAUGGUGGGACAGUAUUCGCCCCCACUGUGUGGGGUACCACUUCUGGGGAGCCCGGCAUACUCCCAGCUGGGGCGGGGGCAGGCAAUGGCAGAGGCAGCGGCUCUGGCAUCAGAUGGCCUCAGCUGGGACCCCGAAUCUGCCACUUACUAGCUGUGUGGCCCUGGGGCAGGCCCCCCAUUACCUCAUUCCUAAAAGGGAAUAAUGGUAUUUUCUACCUCAUUGGGUUGUUACGAGAACUGAAUGAGUCAAUGCACAUACCAGAUGCUUAUAGUAGUGCCUAACACAUAGGACUCAAACGAAAAUUAGUAAUUAUUAUUAGUGUUAUUUUUAGUGGCAGAAAGGCCACAGAGGGGAGUUGGGGCAGGCCUAGGAGGACUGAGGAGGCCAAGGGGUAGGAGGCCUAGAGCAAGGCGGUGGGAGCUGUCGGCGGCUCGUGAGCAGGUCUGUGACAAUACGGCGGUGGUGCACAGAUGGAUGGAAUAGGGCCAAGUGGGGAUCUGAAGGCCAUUUCAUGGCUUCUGCGAUGCCCCAGGGCCGGCGAUGGUCCCAAGUGGGUAGGGGCAGCCACCAAGGAAUGGCCACUCUGGCCUCUGCCACAUGGGGGUACCCUAGUCAAACCUCCCUGAGCAUAGAGAGGGGGUCCUUGAACUGUGGGGGAGAUAAAGAAGGUUGGUAGGGGCUGGGGCACCUCUCUCCUGUGAGACAUGCUUUCCAGACUCCCAUUAUCUCCCCCAACUCUGUGCUCCCAGCCUGGCCGGAAGCCAGAAGGCUCUGCAUGUCCUGGGUUGAUACAGGAAGCCAGGCACACUGUGGUGGUGGGACUCAGCACCAAGGUCUGGGGGGUGGGCUGAGAAAAGUCCUCUUAAUGCCUCUAAUCUGGGGACAGUAGCCCUGCCCGCCCCCUCAAUCUGGGUGUGGCUGGAGAGCCCUGCUGCCGGCUGACUUCUCUCACCUGCAGCUGGAUGCUCCAGGCCCAGGGAUAUGGGUGGUCCACAGUGCCGGCUGGUCAGGUGCCUGACACACAAGUGCCUCCUCCCCCUUGGAGCUUCCUCCUCUGAGUGGUGGGAGCAGAGAGGAGGGUGCUCUUGCCUUUGCAGCAAAGACCAAAGCCAACUAGAUGGGAUGUGGGUCUACCUAAGGGAACCUCAUCCACCCUGUCUGCCCUUUUCAUUUUGGAUAGAGGGGACAAAGAAUGUAGCUGUGUCUCCCUGCGGCUGGGGUUGUAAGAUAGGGAACUUUGGGGGGUCUUCCUAAGGGAUGUUGGGGUCACGCUGAUGUGUCUAGUCAGCACUGAAUUCACAGAAUUCACUGGUAAGAACCUGGGCCUGGGAGGUAGGUGAGUUGCAGUGGCCUGAGGCCCUGGACAUCCGCCCCUAAGCAGUGGGUCUCAGGGCUGAAGGACCAACUGAUGGUUCAGCGUGCCCUGGCAUGUGGCUUUGUCCUUGGUGCUGGAGCCGUGGUGGCUGAGGGCUCCUGGCUGCACCUCACAGUUUACGGGCCUCCAGCUCGCUGCCUCCCAGAGCCACCGUCAGAAAACCUCUGGGCAUCAGGCCCAGCCCUUCCUCAUGAUGACUUGCUUGGGGCCAUGGUGGUGGGGGUGGUAAGGGGAAAAGCAGACAUCAGAUUCAGCUCGUGGCCCCCCUUCCUCACCUGCCAGUGAAGGAGAUGCUGCUGUGGGGGUGCCGUCUGCCUGGCUGCAAAGUGAGGCCAGAAUCCCAGGGAAGAGUUCCCCGGGACACCAGCACUGGCUGGGAGGACUGGAAUUUGACAGUCAUUUUCUGCCCAGGUAGGAUCAUCGUUUCCUUUCUGGGGCUAUGGUGGACUCCACGCCGCCCGUUAGUGGGUACCGUUGAGGCUGGAGGGCUCCUGGGCCUGUGGAGGCAGGCCAGUCUUGGCUGCAGGGAGCAUGGGAGGUAUGGCGCCCGGUGCCGCCACUGCCCUCCUGGGCUGUCCUGCCUUGCCCCGGCAUCUGCGGAGGUUUGUGCGAGUGAGUAGCUCUGGGGACAGAACUGUCCUGGUGGACGGAGGGCAACCGCCAGUUCUCUGAGCCCGGGCUGCAGUCAGGUGAGAGAGAUGGAGCAGUGGGUCGGGCCAGACUUCUGGGUAGCACUCUGCCAUUCAGUGCUCCCCAACUGUUCAUGCCAUCAGCAGAUGUCCACUGGGCAGGUGCUGCGUGCCAGGCAGCGGGGUGCCCUCGCCAGCAGGACACUGCUGUCCCAAACUCACAGAGGUUUGGGAAGAUCAAAUGAACCAGGAUGGGAAGUGGAAAUAUAAAACGAGAGGUGCCUCAUGAACAAGGUCACGUGCCCUGGGAAGCAGAGCGGGGUGCGGCGCGGAGGACAGAGCUCCUCUCCUUACUCCACUCGGGGGUUGGAGCCCACAGAUCUCAGGAGACGCGGGCCAGGCGGGCAGCUGGGCCUCCAGCGCGCGUGAGCCAGGCACCAGUGCCCAGUGCAGGCAGCAGAGGGCAGCAAGGGGCCUGCCUGCCGGGAAAGCCACAUUUAAAAUGUAGUGGUGGGGGAUCCCUGGGUGGCGCAGCGGUUUAGCGCCUGCCUUUGGCCCAGGGCGUGAUCCUGGAGACCCGGGAUCGGGUCCCACGUCAGGCUCCCGGUGCAUGGAGCCUGCCUCUCUCUCUCUAAGGGGAAAAAAAAAAAAAGAAAGAAAGAAAAAAAUAAUAAAAUGUAGUGGUGGUGGCAAGGAAGAGGGGGUGGGGGAGUCAGGAACAGGGAGGCAGGUGAGGAACACGGGGCAGAUCAGCUUUCUCAGCUUUCUCGGGGUGUGUGUGCAGGUGGCUCCUCCCCCCAGCCCCUCAAGCCUGGCUGACUGGUGCUUGGCCUCCAGGACCAGGAAGCCGGGCCUCCCCCAUCAGGUAAGGCGUUCUGCUUCCCUGCCCACCGCGGCCAGGGGAUUUGACCAUAACUUGUGGCCCUGGUGUCAGAGGAGUGACUGCUCUGAGAAGCGACCCAUGGCUACUUCUGCACGUGUGACAGGCUGUGUGGGGCUGGUCUGAGGAGAAAGUUUAAAACCACCUGCAGUGGCUGGAGAGCCUGGAUCCACAGUCUGGCCCAUUCUCUCCCUCAACCGUAAUCUCAGAGCUUUGCUGCCUUUCUUCCGGGAGGGCAGGAGAAGGUAAUUACGAUUUGCAUGCAUACCCUAGCCUGAGGCUCCCACUAGCAAGGGGACACCCCUGGGGCCCACGCACACACAGGAGGACUUCUGCCAACAGGCUCCAUUCCUGAUGUACCUACUUGCUCUCUACCACAACCUCAAAAAACAGCUUGUCAGAGUGGCUGUCAGGGGGCAGGAGGGGCGUUUUGGGAGACUUGGGAGAGACCAGGGCCACGGGAGGGGGCUCCCCUGGAGCUCUGAGAGGAGGAGGUGGCAGUGGCUGAGCCCAGCCUUCCCAGCAGUUGCAAUAAACGUGGGUGAAGGUGACAGCAAGCGCCUGGCUCUCCAGGUAGAUGCUACGUGACUCCUGGCACGUUGAGAGUCUGUGUGUUUCCUGGGCGACCAGCUGAGCCAGGGACAAGGAGAAGAGGACAGGAGUGUGACAGGAAUGCAAGGGAGGGAGGGAGGGAGGACGUGCAGUUGGCUGGCAGGCCCCUCAUAUGCCGCUUUCUCUCUGCCAGCACCCUUCAGCCUGCUUGGUGCUGCCCCCUUGCCCUGAUGGGGGCACUGCAUCUCUCUAGCAUCCCUGCCGACUUCUCCCUGGCUCUGGGAGGGAGCUGGGAUGCCCUGCUGAUGAGCCAGGGCCCCUUCCUCUACUGGGGCAGGAGGUAGUAGGUGGGCAGGAUUGUGCAAGGGGAGGUCAGGAGCCGGCCCUCGCCAGGGUGUGCCAAGCUGUUGGCAACCGUGAACUGAUGAGAGCUGUCGAGGCUGGAGGCCUCCAGGACUUCAUUCUUUCAGGGCAUUUGGUGGCAUUUGGUCCAGGCAGGCUGCAAGCUGCCCUCCUGGCGGGGCACAGAGAAGGGAGGCAGAGCCUGGCCUUUCAGGUCACGAGAGCUGUGCGACUGGGCUCCAAGGGCAGGGACCGUCCUUAGAUGAUGUGCUCUGGGCACUGGAGGGGUGACGGGGGUGGGGGGUGGGGGAAGGUUAGGAAUGUACCUUCCUGGGGUCUGUGCUUCUGGCCGAAAGCGACUGCAGUGCAGCAGGGACACUCUGUUCUGUCACACCUCUCUCCCAUGACCCCCAGGCAAGGUUGUCGGCAAUGAGUGACCGGGAAAGCAGCAGGCUAGGGCCCCUGGGAGGUGGAGGGCCUCAGGUACCUGGGGAGGAAAGCUGUAGGAGCUAGGGGAACUACUACCCCCUUCUCUGGCAACAGGGACCCCUCUUCCCAGGCCAUGUCCCAGCCAGAGCUCUGGUAACCCAGGGGCUCUCUUCUUUCCCGAUGCUGCGCUGUGUAGGCCUGGGGGGCAGACGGGGGCUGGAGUGCAGGACACUGUGGCCUCCCCUUCACCUGAACAGGUGGGGAUGCUUGGAAGGGUGCCACUGCACAGUGCAGAGGUGGGCUUGCGGCUGGUUGUUCUGAGCAGGCCAGCGCCACUGACCUACAGGCACCUGGAAAGCUCUGGCUUUGACCCGGGCAGGUGUCAGCAGCCUGAGCUGCCAUCAGGUCUAGGGGCUUCUGGCAGUCAGGUCUCUCGGAUGUGGGGUGGCCCCUGGUGGGUGGGGACUGAGCUGUGAGGCUGCUGGGUGUGGAGUGACCGGGGUGGGCCACGGCUGGAGGACGACUGUGGGAAGCUGGGACGGUGGAGCCAAGCAGCCGGGCUGAGCUGGCAGCCGAUGAAGGGCCUCAGCGCAGCUCCCAGUGCAUCACUGGCUGGUCCAACACCAAAACCUUCAAAGCAUUUGCCUUUCUGGCAGGGCCUGGAGCAGAGCUGCGGCUGGGCCGGGGAGAGGCCUCAGUGCGCAGGGGAAUAGAAGCUCUAGAUCUGCAUCCAGAGGCGAUUUUCCCAGGCUCCUUCCUCCCACACAGGGGCUCCCUCCCUUGGUUCUGGAGCUGGAUCAGGCCCUUCCCGCCAAGUCCUCAUGGCCGCACAACUCAGCUCCGGGCUGGGCUGCUCCUGUCUGGGGAGCAAAAAUCCGGGGCAGAACCCAGCAUACACAAGGGCUCAUUAGCUGCAGCCCAAGUCCCCUCCCACCUAGCAUGGCUCCUAGUCCACGGCUGCCAGGACGAGCUAUUGAGCUGGGAGGCCCCAAAAGGCCCAACUUCAGUGCACCCCUGCUCAGGUCUCAACCAUCUCGGAGCAGAGGUUCCUGGGACUUGGGAAGAGAGAGCAAAGUGGCAAGACGGGCAAACUGCAUCAUGACUGCAGGCCACUGGUGACGGACUACUCCUCAUAGAGGGUGCAGAAGCCUGGAGAAAGCCUCCCCUAGCUGGGCCCCAUCUCCCCCGCCUGUGGACUCUGCUUCCUCCCCCACUCAACCUUUAACUAGACUUGCUGACAGGAACAAAAUGGACUGGGGUGUGCUUCACCUCUUUUCAUUUCCUUUGCCCUCCCCCUGGAAGUGGUUUUAAUGAGCAGUGAAAUGGCUAAAAGGCAAUCAGGAGGAGUAAGGCGCCGGAUAAUUAAAUUGUCUUCCCUUCCCCACGGGAACCGCAGCACCCGAGCCAGGCUGCCCAAGGGGCUGGGGGGCCUCUGGGCACAGGGCAGAGCUCAGGCUCCACAGCACUCAGGCCUCCCCUCCUCCCACCUUCCCCAGGGUCCUGGAGCAUCCAGAUGGAGAGGGGCAAUGCCCUGGUGGUGCUGCGCAGCCUGCUCUGGCCGGGCCUCACCUUCUUCCAUGCUCCCCGCACCAAGAACUAUGGCUACAUCUACAUGGGCACUGGUGAGAAGAACAUAGACCUCCCCUUCAUGCUGUAGGGGGGCGGGGCCAGUGGCGGAGGCCAUGUAUGGCCUCAGCAUUACUUUCAUAAACAGCUGUGAAUUUG